AUGGCAACAGUCAGACAAGGUUGGUUACCAGUCGAACGUGAGGUGAAAAUAGAGUGGGAUCCUGAGUCGACACCUUUAGAAAUUAAAACUAAUAGUGUGCUGGGGAGUAACGAUCAGGUGUAUGUGUUCUUCUACUCAGCUGAGGGACUGCUUUCAGGAGGAGUCGUCUUCCGCUUCGGCUCUACUUCACAAUACUGGCUCCAUUACUGCAGCUCAACCUUCACUAACUUCCCUGUUAAACCCCCCUCUACUGCUGACAAGGUUUGGCGUAUCACUCUAACCAGAACUACAGGUGUCAGAGUAGUGAUACACUGUAACGAGGUAGAGGUGUUCAACAAACUGCUCUCUCAAUCAACGUGUCCUACUCCGUACUGGAGCACGUACUGGAGCGAUGACGUAGCAAAGAUACAGUUCCAUUCCUCCGACACAGCAUCUGAUUACUAUAUACCACAAGGUCCACAACCAGGUUGGUUACCAGUCGAACGUGGGGUGGAAAUAGAGUGGGAUUCUGAGUCGACACCUUUAGAAAUUAAAACUAAUAGUGUGCUGGGGAGUAACGAUCAGGUGUAUGUGUUCUUCUACUCAGCUGAGGGACAGCUUUCAGGAGGAGUCGUCCUCCGCUUCGGCUUUACUCCACAAUACUGGCUCCCCUACUGCAGCUCAACCUUCACUAACUUCCCUGUUAAACCCCCCUCUACUGCUGACAAGGUGUGGCGGAUCACUCUAACCAGAACUGCAGGUGUUAGAUUAGUGAUACACUGUAACGAGGUAGGGGUGUUCAACAAACUGAUCUCUCAAUCGACGUGUCCUAUUCCGUACUGGAGCACGUACUGGACCGGAUACGUGACAAAAAUACAGUUCCAUUCCUCCGACACAGCAUCUGAUUACUACGGAUCACAACCAGUGAGCUGUACGGGACUGAAUGCUGAGUGGAGAACUGCGAUCAGAACAACAACACAGUUCCCAGUAGUCCCAGGAACCGUGGUGGAAGUAAAUUGUAUUGAAUCCAAAGCUCUCAAUAAAGGGAGCAGCGAGGUGACCUGCACCUCAGGAACGGAAUUUAUUUUCGAUUUAAAUGAACCCGAGUGUAUAAAUACAGUUGAUGGACUAUGA